CGCGACGAUCAGAUCGCGUGAACUCUACCCGAGGCCUAGUGCAAUAUCGCGUAAUGUACAUGAAUGCACUGCGUCCUUGUGUAACCGAUGGCGGCACGCUUCCUUAAUGACGUCACAGCCAGCCUUCUGACAGCAACUCGUCCCGUAAAGUGUGCAGCCCAUGCGGCUGGACUCCACCCAACGUCGCUGUAUGCGAUGACUGAAUCAAGCUUAGACCAGCCGAAGAAACGCGGCAAGGAGAAACCAGUCGAACAUUUAGUGCUUGAUACCGGUGCAAUCAUUGCUAAUGUCAAUCUCCAUGAACUCGCUGAACAUUACUACUCACCCCCUGAAGUUGUUGCGGAACUGAAGUCGAGGCGCUCAAAAAUAACUUUUGACGUUUUGCCAUUCGAAGUACAGCUGAGGGAACCUUCUACGGAAGCAAUUAGGAAAGUUGUCGACGCCUCGAAAAAGACUGGAGACUUUGUUUCUUUGUCUUUGGUCGACAUCAAAGUUAUCGCUCUCACCUAUGAUCUUCAUCGACAGUAUGGCAGCCGUACAAAGGGAGAUGUUGACAAAAUUUCUGAGUCAGAAGUUUCCAUAGAAGGUUUGUUGGACGAAAUUCGAUUGAACGCUGAGCAAAACCGCUCAGUUGAUGAAUCAGCCUCUACCACUGCCGUGUCAAAUGUUGAUAACGACAGUCGUUCUUUGCCUAGCACUUUACCUGAAGGAUUCUGUGAGGCUAGCGAUAGCGACGACGAUGAAGGCUGGAUCACGGAAGACAAUCUCAGUAAAGCUCUUAGGAAGAUGGGAGCUUUAGAAGUUGAAGAAGGUGUUGCGGUGGGAUGUCUAACCACAGACUUCGCCCUUCAGAAUGUCUUACUCAGUAUGCAUCUCGGUCUAGUAUCACUAAAUGGCUACCGAAUAAAGAAGUUGAAGUCGUUUGUACUACGAUGUCGCGCAUGUUUCAAGACCACUCCCAUUAUGACCAAGGAAUUUUGUCCAGCAUGUGGCAAUAAAAUGCUUCAUAAGUGUGCAGUGUCUGUGGACGAAAAUGGAGAACAAGUUUUGCAUAUAAACUGGCAGCGACUUGCAAAUAAACGUGGACUGAAACAUUCCUUGCCUGCCCCAAAGGGUGGAAAACAUGCUAUCACCGAAAAACUUUUUGAAGAUCAAAGACUGCCACAGAACCGCAUGGCCAAAGUUCGAGCUGAUCCUUUUGCAGAUAGCCCUUUUGAAAUGCACGAUGUUACUUCCAGAUCCGCUAUGUUGGGAGUACGAACAUUGAAUAAUCGGCAAAAGCAAAGGCGUAAUUCAAACGAAGCUCGAGCAGGUGGACGGCGGAAGUGAUAGGCAAUAGAUAGCCACUUGUGUUUGGUUUGUUUGAGAUCAGUUGUUGUUAAAUUUUGUCUGUUAUCUACAACAGUUGAUUUCUGUCUUGUUGUUGUUGCUUCGAUGUUUUUUGGAUGAAUUGCGCUGCUAAUGAAAAGAUCAUACUUUAUCGAAUAUAGAUCUUUCAUUUUAAGUG